UUUUACGUCUUGUCAACUUUAUUGAAGUUUUUAAUUUUCAAAUUAUUUUUAAAAAAUAAAAAGUUAAUUUUAAUUCAAGAUAAUGUCUUCAAUUCUACAAAUAAUACAGUAGUUGCAUACAUAACAGGUACCCAUUAAUACUUUCUUUUAGACACGUGAAGAAGCUGAACGAAAAUUUGAAAUGGUUUUUCUUUAUCGAUUUUACUCUAAAAUCGUAUCAUAUUUCAUUGACUUUGGUGACAAUGUUUGAUGAAAGUAUUGCCUCAGUAAGCAAAAUGAUGUUAUUGUUUAAAAUUUCACAAGGAGUUGUUCUCUUCUUGCAAGUUAGUGUUCUGUAUUUUCAAGCUAAUAAUAUUACUAUUGAAAGUGAAGAACUUGGUACUUCGAUUUUUCAAUCUGAUUGGCUUGGGCAACCAAAAGAUAUAACAAGAUCAUUGUUAAUAAUGAUGGCAAGAACAAGAAAUAAAUUGAGAAUUGAAUCUUUUGGAGUUGUUAUACUCAGCAACAACUUAUUAUUAAAGAUUUAUAAGGCUACAUAUACGUUUAUCAUUUUAAAUUUAAGUACAAGUAAGAACCGAAGUCACUAAUAGUGAAUGAUGUUUAAAAAAGCCACCUAUAGAUUGAAUAAAAUCAAG